AUGUUGGAUGUUAUUUACUUUAGAAGUUUAUUGUCAUUGUUGAUGAGUCAUUUAGGUGGGACAGCUCUUGCUAUGCCAGUUGAGAUUGUACCUUUUUGUUGGGAAUUUACUUUGAGGAGAUUGGAAAUGUUGUUUAUUGAAGCUGGAUGUGUUGGGAAGUCGAGGGUAAAUGUGGAAAGUGAUGAACCUUAUGUUACUGAUAAUGGGAAUUACAUUAUUGACUUGUAUUUCAAGAGUGAUAUGGGUGAUUUAAAAGCUGCUAGUGAUGCAAUUUUGAGGCUUGCUGGUGUGGUUGAGCAUGGGAUAUUUCUUGAUAUGGCGACGACUGUGAUUGUUGCUGGAAAGCUUGGCGUUUUGAAAUUCAUUGUUAUUGUGGAUGAGUCAAAGUUGGUUAGUCAUUUAGGUGGGACAAGUCUCGCUAUGCCAGUUGAGAUUGUACCAUUUUGUUGGGAAUUUACUUUGAAAAGAUUGGAAAUGUUGUUUAUUGAAGCUGGAUGUGUUGGGAAGUUGAGGGUAAAUGUGGAAAGUGGUCAACCUUAUGUUACUGAUAAUGGGAAUUAUAUUAUUGAUUUGUAUUUCAAGAGUGACAUGGGUGAUUUAAAAGCUGCUAGUGAUGCUAUUUUGAGGCUUGCUGGUGUUGUUGAACAUGGAAUAUUUCUUGAUAUGGCAUUAUUGUGA